UCUCCUGGGCAUGCGGAGUGUCAUUCAGCAGUUCCAGGAGGCCCACCACCACCAGGCCACCAUGGUCCUUGGCUGGCUACUGCUCCUGGUGAUGGCUCUGCCCACAGUCACGACAGGCGCCAUGGACUGCAUCUUCUGUGAGCUGACUGACUCGUCCAACUACCCUGGCAUCCCCAUGACCUGUGGCGAUGACAAGGAGUGCUUCAUGGGCAAAGGGACGGCACCAGGCCUCGGCCCCAUCAUCAAAAAAGGCACCAUGGACAUCAGUUCAUAUGGUCGCCUUGAAGAGCCUAUCACCUAUCAGAGUGUCACCUAUAGCCUCACCUUUACCUGCCAUUAUGGGGAACUGUGUAACAGGGCCCCCACCCCCGCAGGCAGCCUGAAGGCAGGGGCCACCUCCCUGGCGCUGGGCGUGCUGCUUCUUCAUUGACUGUGACCAGCGUGGAGGGCAGAGCCUGGGGCUGGUCUCAGGGUUCCACUGCUCUUUAUGGCUCCUGCCCUUCCCCCACCCCCUUCCCCCAUUAAAUGGCCAGAGGCCCUAGACAAAAAA